CGGUAGGCAUCUAGAAUGAUCUAGUGUGGACAGUGCACAGUGCUGUAGCCUAUGAGCGACGUGGAGGACACCGGAGAGGACGACCGCAGGACUUUACGAUCGGCUAGAGGACCGGUAUCCCAUGUGUCUUUAGGACCGGAGGGUGAUAGGGAACUGUUCCGCCGACAAAGGGAAAGGAGAGCUAGAGCAGCCGAGGCUAGUAGGGCAUUUGCUUGCGAGGCCAGUUCUAUAGCAGCCAUGGCUACCACAGCCAUGAGCAUGUCUGCGCAGCAGACUUCCCAAGCCGGAAGUUCAGGUACCGUCGGGUCCACGGUCGUGCAGACCGUGAGUCAGUCCACUGGCUUAAUGGCAAGCCAGCCCGCGGUGUUGUCCCCAGAGGAUGUCGCCAUCCAGCAGGCAUCCCUGCAAGAGGCACAGCUACAGCAGGCAUUAGGAAAGAUAAAAAGGGAGAAAGAGAUGAUGAUUAGAAGAAGAGCCAGGAUGCAACAGAGAGGGGCAGACAUAGAGGAGUUAGAGACGAUGGACCUGACGCAUAUGGAUGAUGAUGUGAAGGUAGUUAGGAGGGCCCUGGUAGGCGUAAUUGAGAUGCAGGAGCAUCAAACUACCCUUCUUCAGGACAUUCAACAAAGCCUAGUCGUGUUGGCAGGCCGUGCUCAGGCAGCACCAUCACCAGCAGGGCCUGGUGCCUGGCCCGUGCCAUAUCCUCGUCUUUCUGUUCCACCGGUGACUGGGGUAUCCCCAUAUGUAGCCCCUUCAUCGGUUGCUAUCGUUUCCCUGGGCAUGCCUUUGUCAGGAGGGGUAACAACAGGGAGUAGUUUGCAGGUUCCUGUUCAGACAGUGUUUACUCCAAGUCCGUCACAGGUUGCAGUCACCACGCAGCCUGCUGUCUCACAGUCAGUGCAACCUCAGGGCACACAACCCCAGCAGCUAGCACAACCUGUAUCGCCGGGUCCACAGCCCGGGUUGGUGAAGGGACCGAGACAAAGUCAGUGGGUUCCAAAGACAGCCAUCGGCGCUCCCAAACCCUUUAGAGGGGACAAGAGAGGCGAAGAUCUCGACACAUGGUUCAGGGCAGUGCCGGUCUAUGUCAGGUGUAAACUCACCUUGCCACACGAAGAAGUGCUUGUGGCUGCUUCCUACCUGGAGGGUAGUGCAGCGAGAUGGUUGAGUGGGUUAGUGCAACUCCAGGGGUACGGUCAUGACUUCCACUCUUGGGCAUCCUCUCAAAAAUUGGAGGACUUCCUGAAAAUGGUGGAAGACAGGUGGCAUGAUCCGCAGGAGGCUCAAAAGGGCACUGAUGCGAUCCUGACACUGCACACUCGGCAGUUUAAGUCAGUAAGGGAUGCCACCGACGUUGUAGAGCGUUUGAUUUGUGUUCCAGGGGUACGCUAUGACCCCCAGGUCCUGCUAACUUCGUACUUGAGGACCUURUCUCUGCCGCUCAGGAAYCAGUUGGYRAAAGAGGCCAACAUUAAUAUGCACAACUUUCCUUCGUUCAGCAAGGUGGCCCUAGACCUAGAAGCAAAGAUAGGGCAUGGACAGGCACCCACUACGCAAGGGAGAAAGAAGACAUUGCCUCCCAACUGGAAGGCGAAGGGUCGCUUAAUGUUUGUCGACAAUGAUGGUUCAACCAUCGAGUUGGACGGCAACCUCCAGGAGGGAGUAGGUGCAGAGGCAAGUGGCGAUACUUCAGAGGGUGGAGUAGUCGCCGCCGUAACYCAACAAAAAGAAGGGUUGAAGCCCGAUGACGCGAAGGUGGCCAGCAUUCGUGAUUGGCCACGUCCUCAGUCUGUGACUGAGAUGAGAUCUUUCUUAGGAAUGACAGGCUACUAUAGGACUUCCGUUAAGAACUACAGCACGGUGGCCGCUCCUUUGACUGAUCUGACCCGCCUUGACACCCCUUGGGAGUGGACAGAUAAGUGCGAGGCUACUUUCAGACAUCUGAAGCAUGCAUUGACGCACUAUGAAGUCUUGAAACUUCCUGAUCCUGACAAGCCGUUUAUAGUUACAAUGGAUGCCAGCCAAUAUGGCAUUGGCGCCGUGCUUGCGCAGCAGGAGGGGCCAAAGUUGAGGCCUGUAGAGUACAUGUCCAAGAAAAUGUCGUCUCAGAAGUUGGCUAAGUCCACUUAUGAGAAGGAACUCUAUGCGGUGUACAAGGCUCUCACCCAUUGGAGACAUUACCUCCUUGGGCGGUUCUUCAUCCUCCGGACUGAUCAUCAGACCCUGAGAUGGAUGAGAACACAGCCGGUACUCUCUGACGCUCUCAAGCGUUGGAUCGAAGUCAUUGAGCAAUAUGACUUUGACCCUCAGUAUCUCAAAGGGGAGUGCAACAAGGUUGUUGAUGCCUUGUCGCGCAGACCGGACUUCUCAGGUGCGCUGAUUACUGAGUUCGAUCUGACGGACGAUGUUACUCGGUCUUUGGUGGAAGCCUAUCGUCAGGACCAGUUUAUGUCUGAGAUCAUACAGAGACUUGAGACGAAGGAUAAGAAGACCUCCGCCGAGUUUGAGUUGGUCAAUGGAUUGGUGUUCCUAGAGAAGGCAGGGAAUAAACGCUUGUGCGUUCCAAAUAGCGAGUUUUUGCAUAGUUUGUUUUUAGGCGAGUGUCAUGAUGCCACCGGCCAUUUUGGGUACAAGAAGACCGCAGCCAACUUGCUGCAGCGGUUCUGGUGGCCCACGAUGAUGACAGAUGCACAGCUGUACGUGGAAACUUGUCGAGUAUGCCAAAGAGACAAGCCCCGUACUCAGGCUCCUCUUGGGCUGCUCAAGCCCCUUCCGAUUCCGGAAAGGCCGGGUGAAAGUUUAUCCAUGGACUUCAUGGAUACGCUGGUCACCAGCAAGAGUGGGAUGAGACAGAUCUUUGUCAUCGUGGAUAGGUUUAGUAAGUUUGCUAGAUUAAUAGCUAUGCCAGAAACAGCAAAGACCGAGUACGUGAUCAGGCUAUUUAAAGAAAACUGGGUUAGAGACUUUGGACUGCCGAAGUCUAUAGUCAGUGACAGGGACGUCAGGUUCACGAGUGAAUUAUGGAAGGACGCUGCAGCUGAACAAGGAACUCAACUGCAGAUGACUUCUGGAAAUCAUCCAGAAGCUAAUGGCCAGGCUGAACRAAUGAACYGCGCUGUGCAACACCUGUUGAGGCACUACAUCAAGCCCAAUCAGGUAGACUGGGACGAAAAGCUUGCUCUAGUCGCUAGUCUAUAUAACAACGMUGUGCACAGUGCUACYGGGACGAGUCCUAACAGUCUACAACUGACAUUCAARCCUAGACUGCCCUUAGAYUUCCUACUUCCAGACAACCAGCCAACUGCUACACCGGGCACUCUGGAGUUCGCCUAUAGAUAUGAACAGAAGAUGCAGGAGGCUGUAGAACACAUGCAGAAGGCACAAGCAGCAAUGAUAGAGUCUGAGAAUAGACACCRCCGCCCUUCUACAUUUCAGGUWGGGGACAGAGUCUGGGUCAAAUCUUCAGAACUGGGACAGGAGUUCGUGAUAUCCCGCAAACUCAUGCCUCAGUACUUUGGACCUUGGGAAGUUUUAGACGUAGUAGGGACAGAUCCUGAUGGUCCAUCAUAUGUCAUCCGUAUCCCUGGUCAUCUCAGAACUUACCCAGUCUUUCMCGCCUCUAAGCUCGCUGCAUUCGAGGAAACUGAUCAGUUUCCCUCUCGUCGAUCCAUGCUGCCCCCAACCAUGGACGGAGAAGUCGACAUUGAUGAUAUCGUUGACCACAGGGAGAUGCCUCUUCAGAAGCCUCCAGGAAGGGGACGUCCUCCAAAGCCAAAGCUGCAGCUCCGAGUCCACUUCAGACAUCAUACAGAUCCGAAGGAGGACCGCUGGUUUACUCGGGAGGAACUGAUGCAGACCGCUCCUCAAAUCGUUGCCCGCUAUGAGAAGGAUGUCCGUACGGAUAUGGACCAAGGCUUGCUUCCACUGGAGAUGUUCUACAUAACCAAGACGUUGACCCGAAAUCCAGAAGAGUAUCCUGAUGGUCGAAGCCAGCCACAUGUGCAGGUUGCCUUGCGUCGUAAGCAGAGUGGUCGUAGAGAGGGCUGUUGCGUUGGUGAUGCUGUUCCUUACAUUAUAUGCACACACAAGGGUGAGAGAAAAAACACUCUGGGAGGAACGAGUGGAAUUGCUGAUCGCGCAAGACAUCCUGAGGAGAUGACAGGCGACGAGUGGCAAGUGGAUAUUGAAUAUUACGUCACUCAGCAGAUUCAUCCUGUAGUUUCACGUCUUUGUGACCCGAUUGAGGGAACAGAUGCAGCACGCAUAGCAGACUGUCUUGGAAUGGAUGCCACAAAGUUCUACAACCAAUACAACACAGCGGUGGCAGACAAGGAUGAUGCUCUUCUUGCUUCAGGAUCGCUUCUUGAUGAUGACGAUCGCUAUCGGCAUUGCGGACCUCUGCAACUCGUUUGCCCAAAGUGUCACAACCAUUUUCUGUUCGCAGGCGUGUCUACUGCUCUGUCAUCUUUUCUCAAUGGCAAUGAACCAGAUGCUGUGGGAAAGCCACCACCCAUAUCCAAUUGUGCAGACGUCUUGAAAUCGGUUCUUUCCCAUUCAAAUGAUGGUGCUACUCCAGAGUGCCCAGUUCUCACUUCUGCCAUGCUGGCUAAUCAGGUAAAGCAGCGUGCCGAGGACUAUGUCUCAAGGUAUUAUGACUGUGUGCUCAAGUGCGAUGAGGAGAUGUGCGGAGCGGUGACAAGGAAUUUAAGUCUGCAGGGUGCACAAGACAUACCCAGAGGUGCCGUGUGCCCUAGGUAUCCUGGGUGUCAUGGGAAGAUGGUUCGACAGUUCUCAGAGGCUGAUCUGUACAAGCAGCUGACCCACUUCCACAGACUUCUGGACAUAUCGAGAGCUCUGGAAAAGAUCUCUGAUUCUGAGUCUAGGGGAGCAGCAGAGCAAAGGAGCAGUGUUCUCAGGCCAGUGCUGGAGCCCUCACUGUCCGUGAUUAACAAGCUGCGAAACAGGUCAUCAUUCCGAUGGGUAAAAUUGGACCGGAUCUGCGUUUCCACAAACUAAGGCUAGCUGUUUCACCUGCCUGGAGAAGAACUCUAUACCCCUUUCCCAACUCCAAACUCCAAAGUUUCUCAACGUACACUUUUGCCUGCACAGUGGUAUCCGGAACAGGAAAUGAACACAACGUGCACCCAAGCAGCGCAUUCAAGGGGACUGGAAAAUCCGCCGUGAAAUAUCUGAAGUGCUCAAGGAAGUCCAAGAACAUUACACUUGAGAAAGGUAAUCAAGGAGAGCCUCCAUGCCUCGAAUAGCGGUUAUGGGACCAGAACAUCACACUCGAGAAUAUAUGUAGCGUGCCUUGGGGACUACAAAGGGAUCAGUUAAGCCACCAGUACGUCCACGUUCUUAGGCCGUUAACACGGUGGCUGAAUCAGUGCGCCGCGCAAGUCCAUAUUCAUUUGCCUCAGAGCCUACCCAGAGGGGGCCUGGGGUACUGGUGGUGUAAACUAUAUCUCCUGAGACGUGCGUGCAACAUGCUGUCCGAGAGUACUGCAGCAAGAUGACAGAUGGCAAGAGCUGUGAUGCGAGGAGGGCGUUUUCUGUACAUCGGUCGUAGGCUCGUAGCACAAGCAAGAAGUAAGAAACUGUCCUUGUCCGUCCUUUUUGAUAAAUGCCGGGGGGGAAGACGAUAGUUGGUACACCCACAAACUGUUGAAAUGCAGACCUGAGGGGGGAUGACAAAUGGAACCACCAGAUGAACGGAAUAUUCCUGAAUUACCUGGGGGCCUGGUCAGUUUCACAAUGAUAUCUCAAGGCUGUUGGCCUUGUUAAAGGGGAGAAAAAAAGGUAGAUGCCCUCGACGGCUCAGUCCCUUAUCCGCCAGAAGAUGGCCUUUUUAUCACUAUCACCUUACAAAAAGUCAUUUUUUGGAAACCGUAGGAAAGUCUGUUCAGCGUUUUUUACCUCUAUUCCUUCCCCCAUACAUGUGCACAGCGUCUGGAUGUCGAUGGGUUGCGCUGUUAAUGGCUUCUGAGAUGGCAGGGAUGAUGGCGUGAUGCCCACGAUGGCCUCCACGACUUUUACGGUGAUAGCUAUGCCAAAGGCCGCCGGCACGACAUUCAUAAGUUCAUAACAAACGAGCGUAGUUACG